AUGAUGUUCUGCCGGGGCAAGCGACUGACCCUCCCGCUGCCGUUCACAUCGCGCUCCUGUACCUCGUGCGCUGAGGCGCCGAAGGCUACACCCUUUGACCUCGACGUCGAGCAUGGGUUCCACAAGAUCAAUUUGUCAUACCCUGGUCUACAGCUCGUGAGGAGAUGUCCUCACAUAUUCUUGGUGCAGAACUUCUUCAGUUCCACCGAGUGCCAGCGACUUCUUCAUAAGGCUGCUUACGAGCCAGACAGCAUGAAGCCCGCAGGUGUCUUCACCCGGGACGGCCACAACCGAUUGCCGGUUCGCACAAGCUCUCAAUGCAUAUGUCCUCAGGCUGAGGUGCCAGCUCUCAUCCGGAAGAUCGUCGCCCUCCUGGACUGUACUCGGCGACAGCUAGAGGCUUGUCAGAUCAUCCGCUACCAGGAGGGUGAGUUCUUUAAGCUACACGGCGACUACAGCACAAGCGGAACGAGAUCCAGCGCGGGUUUCGUCAACAGCUCUCGCUUGGCCACUCUCUUCGUUUACUUGAACGACAUUCAACAAGGAGGCGAAACGGAGUUUCCGAAUGCUGCGCCACCAUUGAAGAUUUCACCGAAGCAAGGCUUGGCCGUGCUGCACUUCCCCGCGCGGCUCGACCGGUGUUCUGACGCGCGGCGCACACGGCACCAGAGCCUGCCCGCCAUUGAUGAGAAGUGGAUUUUCGCCACCUGGCUUUGGAGUGAAGAACGCUCCAGUGACGCGAAAACUCUGCAUGAAAUUGGUCGAGGCUAUACUCAUGUGUGGCCAGAGUCCUACGACACCCUGAGCCCGGACGCGGCAUUGCAUCUUCUGGAAUCAAUGUCCGGCUGCCGGCUGCGCCCAGACGUUGUGAGUUGCAACUCGGUGCUUACAUCCUGCGGCCGCGGCUUCGAGUGGCGACGAGCCGUGCAGUUGCUGCGGACGAUGCAGACUUUAGAAGAACCCAGGCCGGACCUGGUCUCCUUUAACACGGCCCUGGCAGCUGUUGCCAACAGCCAGGGUCUCAGAGUCUGA